AUGCUUCAGCCCGGCCCUAAUAACAUCUCUUAUAAAGCUAUGAUCAACUGCGCGUCACUCAUGAUUCAUCUGCCUUGCAAGUGCUAAUUCUCCCAGAGGAAGAGAAGAUUAAGAUGGGGUUUAUAAUGGAGUUUGCUGAGAAUUUGAUUCUGAAGCUGAUGGAGGAUCCAAAGGAGAGGGAUCGAAGGGCCCGAGAGCGCUUGUAUGCGGUGAAGGAUCGAUGCGACAGGACCAAGGAGAUAUGGUCCUUUCCGAUUCGCCCUUAUGGAUUCUGGACUUUCGAGCGCCACAAUUCUCAGCUCGCUUGGGACCCUCAGAUUAGCCAGGUGCCCGGUCGGAGGGACCCCUACGACGACCUUCUCCAACAGAACUUUUACAAGUCCAAGUAAAUGAAUGGAAGCUCAGAAGCCAUUAGCAGAAUGCUUUACAUCUGUCUUAAAGGGUGGAGGAUUCCAGGAUGUUAUUUUAGCUUGAUUUGAUCAGUAUUCAGUCUUAUAUUAUAUAACCACAGCAGGUCUGUAAUACCUGAAUAUUGCUGAUUGGUCUUUGAGUAUGAAUAAAUUUUCAUGUAACUGUGGUGCUUUUGAAGAUAUUUUUGUGGGAAUAUUUACUGCUUUCAUCAAUUCUCCUUACAUGUC